AUGGCGGAAACGGCGCAGCGGAUACUCAUGAAUGAGUUCAAGCAGCUGAGCAAGGAGAAGUGGACUAAUAUCGAACUCAUCAACGAGAAUGUCUUCGAGUGGAGUGUCGCCCUCAUCGUCAUGAACGAAGAGUCCAUGUACUAUGGCGGCUACUUCAAGGCUAAGAUGUCUUUCCCGCGCAACUACCCGCAUAGCCCGCCAGAUUUCAAAUUCAUCCGCCCGCUCUACCACCCAAACAUCUACCCCGAUGGACGGCUAUGUAUCUCCAUCCUCCACGCUCCCGGCGAUGACGAGAUGUCCGGCGAGACUGCUGCCGAGCGUUGGUCACCCGUACAGCGUGUCGAGACGGUCCUGAUAUCUAUCCUCUCCCUACUGGACGAUGCUGAGGUUUCCUCUCCCGCCAACGUCGAUGCUGGGGUCAUGUUGCGUAACAAGCCUGCGGAGUACAAGGAGAUGGUGAAGAAGGAUCUCGAGCUCUCAAAGGCGGAUAUUCCCAAGGACUUUGUCAUGCCAACCCAAGAAACAGCAUGGAAGCAAGAGAAGGAUGAGGGCCAAUUCGACAUGAGCUGGGAAGACAGCGACGCCGAGAGCUUGGACUUUGGCGGCAGCGAGAGCGACCUGGACGAGGACCAAGAAAUGGACUCCGACUUCGAGGCUGAUGACGACGAUGCGGAAGAAGAGGACGCAGACACCCCCAUGAAGCGCUAG